AUGUUGAGUCCAAGCUUCAUUAUCGCUUCCCUUCUCCUCGGCCUUGGUCUCCCCGCCUUUGCGGACAUUCGGGAUUCGCUUUCCAAGUUUCCGAGGACUGAAUAUGACUUUGUCAUCGUUGGAGGUGGAAAUGCGGGCUGUGUCCUCGCCAACAGGCUUACCGAGAACCCAAAGUUCAAGGUUCUCGUCAUCGAAGCAGGCCCUAGUCACGAGGGUGUGCUGAACGCACAAGUCCCCAAUUUCGUGUUCGCAUUGCAGAACAGUACCUACGACUACAACUACACGAGCACCAUUCAACCUCAACUUGGCAAUCGUCCUUUGGCCUUGCCUCGCGCUCGUAUGCUUGGUGGCUCGAGUUCUCAUAAUGGAAUGUUUUACACGCGUGGCUCCUCGUCGGAUUACGAUAGGUGGGCAGCAGUCACCGGCGAUUCGGGGUGGUCAUGGAAGAAGCUCUUCCCAUACAUCCUCAAGAAUGAGAGAUGGGUAAAACCCAAUCGAGAUGUGAAUAUCAAUGGCAUGUACGAUCCGCGAGUCCACAGUCGCAAGGGGAUGACCUUUGUCAGUCUCCCGAGCUACCAGGACGCGAUUGAUGCGAAGGUGGAACAAGCUGCGCAUGAGCUUGGUGGUGAAUGGAGUUGGAACGUCGAUACCAACAGUGGAGAUUCGUUGGGUGUCGGUUGGGCUCAAUACACGAUUGGCAAUGGAGAAAGGAGCAGUGCGGCGACGUCUUAUCUUUCCCCGAAAUACCUCAAACGCAAGAAUCUCCACGUUUUAAUCAAUCACCGUGUCACCAAGUUGGUUCCAAUCGGUGGGCGCGGCCGUGGACCAGGAGGUGGAGGUUCGAAGGAGCUUUCGUUCCGAACUGUUGCUUUCCAGGAAGAGAUGAACCCGUCAGCUCCUAUCCAACAGGUUACUGCGAAGAAAGAAGUUCUUCUUUCGGCAGGUGCAUACGGAACACCCCAGAUCCUAUUGCUGUCUGGAAUUGGUGAUACAGCCGAGCUUAACGAGGUCGGAAUUGAGCCCAAGGUCCAUCUUCCGAGCGUUGGGAAGAAUCUCACGGAUCAGCCACAACUAGCUCUCAUCUGGCAGUUGGGUAUCAACGGUACCUUUGACCCGACCGCGGAUCCGACCUUGCCUCAGCAGUGGUUCCAAGAAUGGGAAACUUCCCGAACUGGACCUUUGACCUUUGUCAAUGUCAAUACAGCUGCCUGGACGAGGCUUCCCGACGAUUCUCCCAUCUAUGCUGAGCAUCCCGACCCUUCUUCUGGAAAGAACACGCCACAACUUGAAAUUGGCUUUGUGGGCACUGGACAUUACCCCGUUCCUGGACAAUUCAUUUUCACCAGUGCCGUCGUUGCCACUCCGAGCUUAGACUCUCGCGGUACUGUCAAGAUUGGCUCGACCAAUGUGUACGAUGCCCCUCUAAUUGAUCUCGGACUUUUGAAAUCCGAGUUCGAUUGGUAUGGCCUGCGAGAGACCAUUCGGGCUUCGAGGAGGUUCUUCGCAGCCCCGGCAUGGCAGGACUACCAACUCACACUGCUCCCGCCAUUCGACUCGGACGACGACGAAGAGCUAAACGAAGGUAUUAGAAACUUGGUCUUUAGCGCCGCACAUCCCGUUGGCUCCGCCUCGAUGUCGCCCAAGAACGCCCAGUGGGGUGUUGUUGACCCUGACCUCAAGGUGAAGAAAGUGAAGGGACUGCGCAUUGUUGAUGCGUCCGUCAUGGCCCCUGUUUACGCUAUUGCGGAAAGGGCCGCUGACCUCAUAAAGCAGACUUGGAAAUAA